AUGGUUCUGCAGCAGUGGAGCUUAGACACAGACAUGCUACGAAUUCAUCAGAGAGUUCACACUGGAGAGAAGCCUUACAGCUGUGAUCAAUGUGGUGCAGCUUUCACACAACAGAGUACCCUAAAAACACAUCAACGCAUUCACACUGGAGAGAAACCUUACAGCUGUGAUCAAUGUGGGGAAACUUUUUCUCGUGGUGGUAGCCUUAAAACUCACCAGCGCAUUCACACUGGAGAGAAGCCGUACUGGUGUGAACAAUGUGGGGAAACCUUUUCUCAGAGUGGUAACCUUAAAUCUCACCAGCGCAUUCACACUGGAGAGAAGCCGUACUGGUGUGAACAAUGUGGGGAAACCUUUUCUCAGAGUGGUAACCUUAAAACGCACCAGCGCAUUCACACUGGAGAGAAGCCGUACUGGUGUGAACAAUGUGGGGAAACCUUUUCUCGUAGCAGUAACCUUAAAAGACACCAGCGC